GGUGAAACAACCUCCAAAUUUCGGCCCUAUCCUGAUUUGAUAGUAGAUAGGUGUCUCGGAUCUUAUAUUGUGCAGCUGCUCUAUUUCUCUUUGUAUGCAGGUUUGGUACGCCAAGAUAUCAGCCGUCCACCUCUGCAUUACUCGGUUCUUCGGUUCUUGGAGAGAAUUCAGGUCUUUGCCUCUUAUUCUUUAUUUGCUUGGCACAACAUUCAGGCAAAAAUGGAAGGUGGCCCAUUGCUAUCUAACAUAACAAGAAGGUUAGAAGGCAAAGUGGCGUUGAUAACUGGCGGUGCGAGCGGGAUCGGCCGGUCCACGGCAAGGUUGUUUGCUAAUCAUGGCGCCAAGGUCGUAAUCGCCGACGUUGAAGAUGAAUUAGGCCACUCUAUCUGUGAAGAAGUUGGCUCAGAAGGGACAAUCUGCUUCAUCCAUUGUGACGUCACAAAAGAUGCAGAUGUUAGAAACGCAGUAGACAGCACGGUGGACAAGCAUGGAAAGCUCGAUAUCAUGUUCAGCAAUGCGGGCAUCACCGGCAGCCCCACUAAAAAAAUCUUAGAUUCCGACAAUGAAAACUUCAGAAAAGUCUUGGAAGUAAACACCUUCGGUGCCUUCUUGGGUGCUAAGCACGCAACUAGAGUGAUGAUCCCAUUGAAGAAGGGAACCAUAAUCUUCACUUCAAGUGUUGCAUCAGUCAUUGCAGGCGACACGCCAUAUGCUUAUGCAGCGUCAAAGCAUGCAGUGGUAGGGUUGACAAAGAACUUGAGCGUGGAGCUUGGUCAGUAUGGGAUUAGAGUUAACUGCAUCUCUCCCUAUGGACUUGCCACACCAAUGUUGAGGACAGCGACGGGGCUUGAAGAGGAAAAAAUAGAGGCUUACUUGUCGGGUGGAGCAAACCUGAAAGGGGUGGUGCUGAAGGCGGAGGAUGUGGCGGAGGCUGCUCUGUAUUUAGCUAGCGAUGAAUCUAGGUACGUGAGCGGCCUCAACCUUGUCGUGGAUGGGGGUUUCAGUAUCACCAACCCAUCUUGCCAAAUGGCUGCCGCAGGACUACUUCGGUGAUGUCACAUGAAGCCAUGAAAUGCUUUGUCAGUGUAUAAUUCCAUCAGAUCAUGUUUUCAUGUUGGAGACCAUUGUAACUUGAUUAAUUUGCGAAGUUCUCUAGAUCUCUAGAUCUCUCUCCC